GGCACGCCCCCUCGCCCGCGGCCCCCUCCCAGCCUCUCUCUGCCGCCUCCUCUCGCUCCCCGGUCAGAAGGCCGGAGCGAGAAGAUGGCGAAGACGUACGAUUAUCUGUUCAAGCUGCUGUUGAUCGGCGAUUCAGGGGUGGGCAAGACCUGCCUCCUAUUCCGCUUCUCCGAGGACGCCUUUAACACCACCUUUAUCUCCACCAUCGGAAUUGAUUUUAAAAUCAGAACGAUAGAACUGGAUGGAAAGAAAAUUAAGCUUCAGAUAUGGGACACAGCGGGCCAGGAAAGAUUCCGAACAAUUACGACAGCGUACUACAGAGGAGCCAUGGGAAUUAUGCUGGUCUAUGAUAUCACAAACGAAAAAUCCUUUGACAAUAUUAAGAAUUGGAUAAGAAACAUUGAAGAGCAUGCCUCUUCAGAUGUUGAAAGAAUGAUCCUUGGUAACAAGUGUGAUAUGAAUGACAAAAGACAAGUAUCAAAAGAAAGAGGCGAGAAGUUAGCAAUUGACUAUGGGAUUAAGUUCUUGGAGACAAGUGCAAAAUCCAGUACAAAUGUAGAAGAGGCAUUUUUUACACUUGCACGAGAUAUAAUGACAAAACUCAACAGAAAAAUGAAUGACAGCAAUUCAUCAGGGGCAGGCGGACCAGUGAAAAUAACAGAAAACCGAUCAAAGAAGGCCAGUUUCUUCCGUUGUUCGCUACUUUGAUGAACUCGUUCUGAGAGACUUGCAGCACACCCGAGGAACCUUCCCUGCUUCUUUGAAAGCACAGGUCACCCAGCCUCAGAGUCACACCACCCGGCUGCUGCUGAGAGCGCCACUGAACCUAGACCUCUGGACACAGAAUGCCAAGCGGCCUCGCCCUCAGGGCCUAGCAAAAUAACAGGCUCCUUUUUCAAACGCGAAGCAAUGAAGUGGAGACCCACGCAGGACUUACCCUGUUUUUCCUUUGUUUUAUUGCCUGUUGCAGAAGCUGCUAUCUUUCUUUUCACUUUGCACAUCAGUGUUAGCCUUUUCCCUGAUCCGGCGCAGUCUUAGGGUUGUAUGCACUUGGUUUUGUCUCAUGAAAUUCUAGACAGAUUCAUGCAGUGGGGAAUAUUUAACAAAAAGAGUAGAGUAUAUAAAGCAGAGGCUAACAGACUAAAAGUAAAGAACAUAUGGUUCAGUUCUUAGGGCAAAUGUUACUGCACUAGUAACAUUUCUUUUAAGGGC